AUGAAGAGGAUAUUUGGGUUCGGGAGUAAGAAGGGCGUGUCGCCCUUGGGCUCCGCUUCUGUUGGGCAGAAGAAUAAUAGGAUUGACAACUUCCUGAUGGGUUACCACGUCCGAGACAGAGAUCUCGGAAAGAUCCACAAGGCUGCCUGCGUGGGCAACGUAGCGAAAGUGCAGCAGAUUCUGUUCUUGGGGAAAAAUGGCGUGGAUGAUAGAGACAAGAUGAACAGGACUGCUCUUCAUUUGGCCUGUGCCAAUGGCCAUCCAGAAGUGGUGACCCUCCUAAUAGAGAGGAAAUGCCAUCUUAACCUCUGUGAUAAUGAAAACAGGACAGCUCUCAUGAAGGCCGUACAGUGCCAGGAAGAGAAAUGUGUAAACAUACUGUUGGAAAAUGGUGCCGAUCCAAAUAUUAGGGAUUUGAGUGGCAACACUGCUCUCCACUAUGCUGCCUUUGGUGAUAAUAUAUCCAUAAUAGAGAAGCUGCUGCUAUACAAUGCGAAUACUGAAGCAAUAAAUAAGGAUAACUUCACACCACUUCUAGUUGCUGUAAAUGAAAACAAACAGCAAAUAGUGGAAUUUUUAAUAGAAAAGGCAGCAAAUAUACAUGCAGUUGAUAAAUUAAAAAGCAAUUACGAAAUAAUUUGCAGACAUAAAGAAGAAAUCAUGCUUAAAAAUUCUUUGCAAAAUAGCAAUCCAGUAGAAGAUAAGAAUUCUGAGGAAGACUCUUUAACCAGCCUUUCCGACAAACCUGGUAUUGAUGAUUCAUGGCCUACAUCAGAUAGCGAAGACUUAGAUUUUGGUACCAAGAAUGUCCCGAAACCAAGUGUAGCAAAGCUACUGCAUUCUUCUGGGCAAUUCAUGAAAAACAUGAGAGCAAAACGUGGCUCUGUGAAAGCAGAAGGUGGAACGUUAUCUGAGGACAAUAAUCCUGAUUCUGAAAAUGAAGAUGUGGGUGAAACUCUUUCCAAACCACCAACCAGAGAUUAUGGCGAUUCUCUUCCUAUUUUUCCAUCAGCUAAAUCUCUUCUAAAACCUUCUCUCAAGACGUUAGCUGUCCUUGGUCUUCCAAAGGAAGGAACAGCAAAGUCAGCAGUGGAAGCAAAGGAAGAUGGUAUUGGUAUUAUUGAAAAUGUGCCACCAGAGCAAACAGUUAAUGACAGUUUGACUUCUGGUGGAGUGCAUAAAAAUUACAGAAGUGAUAUGAUGUCAGCAUUAGGAUUAGGAGAAGAGGAAGAUGUAGAAUCACCUUCUGAUCCUGAGAGUAUGUCUGAGAGUCCAAACAAAUAUGUUCCUCAUUUAUCUGGAGCUGUGGAUCAGAAAGGGCAAAGUAUAUUAAAUGGACAAGUAGAAGGUGUGUUUUACAUACCUUCUUGCAUGAGUGGAUCAAGAAACUUUAAGAUGGCUAAACUAGAGGAUACAAGAAAUGUAGGCAUACCAGUAACCCACAUGGAUCCUCCUGACAAAUAUCCUCACUUGAAGCCUACCGUUGAAGUGGAAGAUUCUUUUUCUGAUAAAACAGUAGGAAUGAAGGAUAUACAGACAUCCAGAUCAGCAGACCUAGACUUAGAAUUAACAUCAGUGGAAGAGCGAGAAAGGCUUGAUGGAAGUGAAAAAAACCACCCACAGGUUGAAGAAAAAAAGCACAGAAGUAGUGACAUGGAAGUAUCAGAAAACAUACAUGAUGCUGCAGCUGCUGGAUUAAUUCAACAAAGAAAGAAUGGAAAAACUGAUAACCAUCAAUUUCCUGUUACAGAAAAUAAAGAUUCUGAUAGUAGUGAACCUGGUUUACAUAUGAAGAAGUUAAAGAAAGGUGAAGAUGAAGAAGGGACAUCAGAAGAAUCUGUGAUCACACCAGUGUUGAAGAAGGCCGAUUCCCUAACUGGUGGUCUACUACAAAUGAAUGAGGGCAGCAGUUUAAGUGAAAAGGAUCAGCAUGAAAGCAGAUGGGAACUUUUAGAGUAUGUAGUUAUGAGACAACUUCAACAAGAACUGGCUGAUACUCUGAAGAAACAGUCUAUGUCAGAGGCUUCCCUGGAGGUUACAUCACGUUAUCGUCUUAGUUUAGAAGAUGAGACACGGGAUCUAAAGAAGAAAUUAGGUCAAGUCAGAAGUCAGUUGCAAGAAGCACAGGAUCGACAUGCAGAGGCCGUAAGAUAUGCUGAGAAGACGAAAGAUCAUAUGCAAAAGUAUAAUUUAAACCUCACAGAAAAUAGCUUGAUUAUUUAUAAAGCAGAUAAGCAGUGUAGUAUGAGAAAUGCUGAUGACCUUACAACAAAACUGGAAACUACAUCUUCAAAAUGUCUACACCUGGAUGCAAAAAAUCAAGUUCUUCAACAGGAGUUAUUGUCAAUGAAAGCUUUAGGAAAAAAAUGUGAAAAACUAGAGAGCAAUAGCAAGAAAUUACAACAAGAAGUCGUAAAAUUGAAAAGUUUUAUGGAAAUGAAUAUGGUAGAACGCAGUCAAGUGGAACAGUAUAAACGGGAGAUUGAAGAAAGAGCACGACUGGAGAUAGUAGAAAAAUUAAAGGAAGUCAAUCUGUUUUUACAGGCACAAGCAGCAGCUCAAGAAAACUUAGACCAGUUAAGAGAAAAUGCUCAUGCUUCAAUGAGAAGUCAAAUGGAACUUAGAAUUAAAGAUCUGGAAUCUCAGGUCUCUACAAUGAAGACUUCUCAAGAAGAUUCUACUAAAACUGAGUUGGAAACAUACAGGCAACUCUACCUAGAAGAAUUAAAAGCUAGAAAGUCCUUGAGAAAUAAGCUGAACAGGACUAAUGAGAGACUAUCAGAGAUCAAUACAAAACUUCUGGUAGAGAGACAGCAGCACCAAACUUUACUCGGCACUCUUACUCUGAGGUCAGGCCUGGAACCACCUUAUUGUGGACAUUUUGAAAAUAAUUUAGUGCUUAAUAGAAAUCUUACUCCAAGAGGAAACUUAGUGAUUCCUACCUCAAACCCACGGCCGUCAUAUGACUACAGGGAGACUUCCUUGUGGAAGUGGAAAGGUAUAAAUAAAAUCACACAUGUGUUCUUACUCAUGGACUUCAAAGCUAUUUUCACCAUUGAAACGCAGAUUUUACCUAGAAAUAAACAUAAAGGUCACAGAGACCUGGUAUGGAAAGCGUCACAAGAAUAUGUACAGAUUUUGAACAAAAAUUAUAUGAUUUGA